ACACACUCCUUUCGCUGACUAUAUAAACUCGUCUGCAGCCGAUUGUAAGACAUCAGUUGUUCAACUCAUCAUCCCAAGACAACAUCAUGCAAUUGUUCGUCGUCGCCGCUCUCUUGGCCGUUGCCGCCGCCGCUCCUUCCAGCUACGAGCCGGCCUACAAAGCUCCCGCUAGCUACGCUGCUCCUAGCUACAAGGAUAACAAGUACGCCGAUAUCACCGUCACCAGCCAAUCCGAUGUUCGCAACCUCGACGGAAGCGGAGCAUGGAGCUACGCCCAGUCCGACUACACCACCCGUGACGAAUCCUACGCCCAGAAGAAAUUCCAAGGUAAAACCUACGACUCUUACGGCAAAGAAUCUUACGGAGAAGUCCAGGGACACACCAACAAGGGAUCCUCCUACUGGGUUUCCCCUGAAGGCCAGAAAUUCACUUUGACCUGGGUUGCUGAUGAUGCCGGAUUCCAGCCCAAGGGUGACCACUUGCCCGUUGCUCCCGUCCACGUCUACGAGCUCCCAGUUGCCCCAGUCCAUGAGUACGAACUCCCCGUUGCCCCCGCUCUCCCCUACAAACGCACCGGACCCGGCUAUUAAAUUUUGAAUCAAACCUUUACAGUUUGAGAAUGGCACACCAGAUAUCGUGUCAACUAUCCUAAUUAUACCAAUCUAAUUUAUUGGUGUACAAAUAUAUUACCGAAAUUUUUGUUUAAAA